GCGUCUCCUGCCAAUUCUUACUCUUGCAAACCCUAGGUUACGUUGUCUCUCUUCUUCUCUCUUCCGCCUCUGCGAUUUUGAUUUUUCCGGUGUAGAGGAGGUACAGGUCGACAGAGAUGGCGGAGACAGAGACGUUUGCUUUCCAGGCCGAGAUCAACCAGCUGUUGAGUCUGAUCAUCAACACUUUCUACAGCAACAAGGAGAUCUUUCUCCGUGAACUCAUCAGCAAUGCAUCUGAUGCUUUGGACAAAAUUCGUUUUGAGAGUUUGACUGACAAGAGCAAGCUAGAUGCACAACCGGAGCUCUUCAUCCACAUUGUACCUGACAAGGCCAAUAACGCAUUGACCAUCAUUGAUAGUGGAAUUGGCAUGACAAAAGCUGAUUUGGUGAACAAUCUUGGUACAAUUGCAAGGUCUGGCACAAAAGAAUUCAUGGAAGCUCUUGCAGCUGGUGCUGAUGUGAGUAUGAUUGGGCAGUUUGGUGUUGGAUUCUACUCAGCUUAUUUGGUUGCUGAGAAGGUUAUAGUGACCGCAAAGCACAACGAUGAUGAGCAGUAUGUCUGGGAGUCCCAUGCUGGUGGCUCCUUCACGGUUACUAGGGACACCUCCGGCGAGAACCUUGGUAGGGGUACAAAGAUAACCCUCUUCCUCAAGGAAGACCAGCUUGAAUACCUUGAGGAGCGCCGUCUCAAGGAUUUGAUCAAGAAGCAUUCUGAAUUCAUUAGUUACCCAAUCUCUCUCUGGAUUGAGAAGACUACAGAAAAGGAGAUUUCUGAUGAUGAGGAUGAGGAAGAGAAGAAAGAUGAGGAAGGCAAAGUAGAGGAUGUUGAUGAAGAGAAGGAGAAGGAAGAGAAGAAAAAGAAGAAGAUUAAGGAGGUGUCUCAUGAGUGGUCCUUGGUGAAUAAGCAGAAGCCUAUCUGGAUGAGGAAGCCUGAAGAGAUCGCAAAGGAAGAGUAUGCUGCUUUCUACAAGAGCCUCACCAAUGACUGGGAGGAACACUUGGCUGUGAAGCAUUUCUCAGUUGAGGGCCAGUUGGAGUUUAAGGCUAUUCUGUUUGUUCCCAAGAGGGCACCAUUUGAUCUCUUUGAUACAAGGAAGAAGCCUAACAACAUUAAGCUAUAUGUUCGUCGUGUUUUUAUAAUGGAUAACUGUGAGGAGUUGAUCCCCGAGUACUUGGGCUUUGUGAAGGGUAUUGUGGACUCUGAGGACCUUCCCCUGAACAUCUCCAGAGAGACGCUGCAGCAAAAUAAGAUCCUCAAGGUCAUCCGCAAGAAUUUGGUCAAAAAGUGCAUUGAGCUUUUCUUUGAGAUUGCAGAGAAUAAGGAAGACUACAACAAGUUCUAUGAGGCCUUCUCUAAGAACCUCAAGCUUGGCAUUCACGAGGAUUCCCAGAACAAAACUAAGAUUGCAGAGCUACUUCGAUAUCACUCCACCAAGAGUGGUGAUGAAAUGACUAGUUUGAAGGACUAUGUGACGAGGAUGAAGGAGGGCCAGAGUGACAUCUAUUACAUCACUGGUGAGACCAAGAAGUCCGUGGAGAACUCACCAUUCCUCGAGAAGUUGAAAAAGAAGGGUUAUGAGGUCCUCUUCAUGGUUGACGCCAUUGAUGAGUAUGCAGUGGGUCAAUUGAAGGAGUUUGAGGGCAAAAAGUUGGUUUCUGCCACCAAGGAAGGCCUAAAACUUGAUGAAAGUGAGGAUGAGAAGAAGAAGAAGGAAGCUCUGAAGGAGAAAUUUGAAGGGCUAUGCAAGGUGAUCAAGGAUGUUCUUGGUGACAAGGUUGAGAAGGUCGUUGUCUCAGAUCGUGUGGUCGACUCCCCCUGCUGUCUGGUGACUGGCGAGUACGGAUGGACUGCCAACAUGGAGAGGAUCAUGAAGGCACAGGCCUUGAGGGAUUCGAGCAUGGCGGGGUACAUGUCGAGCAAGAAAACCAUGGAGAUCAACCCUGAGAACCCAAUCAUGGAGGAACUCAGGAAGAGGGCCGAGGCGGACAAGAAUGACAAGUCGGUGAAGGAUCUGGUUCUGCUGCUGUUUGAGACUGCAUUGCUGACCUCGGGCUUCAGCCUUGACGAACCCAACACCUUCGGCAACAGGAUCCACAGAAUGCUGAAACUUGGUCUGAGCAUCGACGACGAUUCUGGGGAUGCUGACGUGGACAUGCCCGUACUGGAGGAGGUUGCUGCCGAUGCAGAUGCUGAGGGCAGCAAGAUGGAGGAAGUUGACUAAAUAAUCUUUAGGCCUUAAUGUCUAGACCCUCUCUCUCCGGCUUCUUUAGAAUUUGUCUUGCUUGUUAGUCGGUCAUGUCUGUCCAUGGCGGGUGGUACCGAAUUUUAUAGUGCUAGCAAUUAUCAAAUGUUUUUCGGGUAUGGUACUUUUCUUUUUUUUAAUAUUUUCUAAAGCUAUUUAGGUUAUAAUUUUGUUUU